AUGCUGGCGAAGCUGGCCAGGCUUGUGGCUCUGCGGAGAAGCCGCGUCCUCUCCGGCCAGGGCGGCGGGAAGGGACUGUGGACGGGCCGCCCGCAGACAGAUGCUGACAAUGUGAAACCGUUGGAAGGUGUAAAAAUUCUGGAUCUAACAAGAGUACUGGCGGGACCUUUUGCUACUAUGAAUUUGGGAGAUCUUGGCGCUGAAGUUAUAAAAGUAGAACGACCAGGAGCUGGUGAUGAUACACGAACUUGGGGGCCACCUUUUGUGGGGACAGAAAGUACAUAUUUUCUGAGUGUUAAUCGAAAUAAAAAAAGUAUAGCUGUUAAUAUCAAGGACCCAAAAGGCGUGAAAAUCGUCAAAGAGCUUGCAGCUGUUUGUGAUGUCUUUGUCGAAAACUAUGUUCCUGGCAAACUGUCCGCAAUGGGCCUGGGCUAUGAAGCUAUAGACAGCAUUGCUCCUCAUAUCAUCUACUGCUCCAUCACAGGGUAUGGUCAGACAGGUCCACUGUCUCAGCGAGCUGGUUAUGACGCUGUUGCCUCUGCUGUUUCUGGUCUAAUGCACAUCACAGGGCCAGAGGGUGGAGCUCCAGUUCGUCCAGGAGUAGCCAUGACUGAUCUUGCCACUGGCCUAUAUGCCUAUGGAGCCAUUAUGGCUGGUUUGAUACAAAGAUAUAAAACUGGAAAAGGCCUGUUCAUUGAUUGUAACCUACUAUCCUCUCAGGUGGCAUGUUUGACCCAGGUUGCUGCUAAUUACCUUAUUAGCCAAAUGGAAGCGAAACGUUGGGGUACAGCUCACGGCAGUAUUGUUCCUUACCAGGCUUUUAAAACCAAGGACGGCUAUAUUGUAGUCGGAGCAGGAAAUAACCAGCAGUUCGCCACCGUGUGUAAGAUACUGAGUUUACCUGAGUUGAUUGAUGAUUCCAAGUAUAAAACUAACCAUCUUCGGGUACAGAACAGAGACGCGCUUAUUAAAAUACUAUCAUCACGGUUUGAAGAAAAAACGAGCAACAAGUGGUUACAUCUCUUUGAAGGCAGUGGGAUCCCGUAUGGUCCAAUCAACAACAUGAAGAACGUAUUUGCAGAACCUCAGGUGCUACACAAUGGCCUCAUCAUGGAGAUGAAACAUCCAACAGCAGGGACGAUUUCAGUUCCAGGCCCGGCUGUGAGAUACAGUAAGUUCAAGAUGUCAGAGGCCAGGCCGCCUCCCCUGCUCGGGCAGCACACAACACACAUCCUGAAGGAGGUUCUCAGAUAUGAUGACAUGGCUAUAGCAGAGCUGUUUAAUGCUGGAGUGGUGACUCAACAUGAAGCCAAGUGACAAAGAAGAAAUAUACAUUCUCCAAACCACCAUUAAACACAUUUUGCUGGCGAAGACAACAUUCUGAGCCCUUCUCUCAAUGCUGAGGCCACUGAAAGAAGAAUCAACAUAACUUCAGAUUGCCUACCUGGCAACAACUGGAUGACCCUGGAAUCAAGGAUCUACUGCCUUUUAAAUGUACUACGUCUUCUGUUUUCUCACAUUUUAAAUUUAAUUGUGAAUAUGUAGAAUUGUAAAAAUAUGGGGGAAAUCGGUGGGGGAGAAAGGGGACUUGGAGAUAGGUAAGGGAAAUCCCAGAGCCUGUGGAAUUAUGUCAUAAGAUAAUUUAAAGAUAUAUAUGAAAAA